AUGGCGUACCCCGCUUUUUUAGGUGGCGUGCCUGAUGCUGCUUUGUGCAGCAGCAGCAGCAGCAGCAGCAGCAGCAUAGCAGAUAUGGACUGUUGCAUGCUGCGGCAGCAGCACUUGGAUACAUCUGAAGCAGCAGCAGCAGCAGCCGCAGCAGCAACCCCUAUCGAUGUGCAGCAUACAAUAACACAAGAACUGUCUCCUCCUCCAUCUCCCCCUACCCCGCGCCCACUGCUGCGGCGGCAGCACCUGCUGCAGAAGGAGCAGCAGCAGCAGCAACAGCAGCAUGAGCUGUUACUGCAGCAGAGCUUUGCCCUUCAGCAGCAACUAGAACUGCAGCAGCAGCAGCAGCUGCAGUUCUGGCAGCAGCAAGAGCAGCAGGUGGCUAAUGCCUUAAUAAACCCUGAUUUGCACCGCAGCAGGCUGCUGCACAAGCACCAGCUGCAGCAGCAAUUGCAGCAGCAGCAGCAACAGCUGCAACAGCAAUUGCAGCAGCAGCAGCAUCAGCAGCAGCAGCAAUUGCACCACCACCACCACCAUCAUCACCAUCACUUAUAUGAUCAACAGGAUGACAGUUUGUUGCACUUGCGUCAGUUGGAGUUGCUGCAGCAGCAGCAGCAGCAGCAGCAACAGCUGCUGCUGCAGCAUGCAGCAGCAGGCAGCAGCAGCGCCGUGUCUCCAAAUCUCUUAGCAGAGCUGCUAGCAGCAAACGCCGCAUCAGCGGAUAUUUGGGGUUCUGCAUGCAUCUCUAGCCCUCUUUCUGCUGCAGCUGCUGCAGCAGCAGCCGCCGCACCUGCAACAGCUACGCUGGACAAAGACGCCACCGCAGCCGCAACUGCAGCAGCAGCAGCAGCAGCAGCAGCGGCAGCAGUUGCUGAGAAAGAGACCCAUCUUAAGAGAUGCGUGCGGCGAUUGCAGCAAGCAGCAGCAGAAGCAGCAGCAGCAGAUGCAGCAGCAGCAGCUGCUGGUGCUACUCCCGUAAGAGGUGCACAGCUUCGUCAUCAAGACAGAAGCAAACGUCGUCACCAAGGAGGAACAGCAGCAGCAGCAACAGCAGCAGCAGCAGGUGGGUGUAGUAGCUACCUUGCUGGUAAGGAUCCAGCCGACGUUAUAAUCGACUUUGGCCAGCAGCAACAGCAGCAGCAACGACAGCAGCAGCAGCUGCAGCUGCAGCAGUUGCAGCAGCAACAAGCAUGCGGGUUUUCUUGUGGUGGUGCUGGAGCUCUAGACAAACCUUCAAUGCUUCUUGGCAACAGCACUGCUGUGUCUGCAUGCAACCAAGGUCUACAUGCAGCAGAUAUAUCGCAUGGGGAACUGCGUCAACGUUGUAUGGCUAACAAUAUCCUCGCAUUAAACACCAUCAACAUCAACAACAACAGCAACAACAACACGAACAGCAGCAACAGCAGCAACAGCAACAGCAGCAGCAACAACAACAACAACAACAACAACACCAAUAACAACAACAAUAUGCGACAAGCCAACAACAACAUGACACCCCAUGGUGGUACUAUACUACUAAACAAUCCCCACCCUCACGCACACCACCCUCACCAUUCCCACCACCACCACGGGCACCACCACGGGCACCACCACCAACCCCACCACCACCCUCACCACCAGCACCUCCAUCACCCACAGCUACAGCACCAACAACAACCACAACAUCAACAACAACAUCAACACCAACAUCAACAACAGCAACAUCAACAACAGCAGCAACAACAACAGCAACAACAACAACAACAGCAACAACAGCAACAACAGCAACAAGAGCAGCAACAAAAAAAGGAGCAGGAAGAAAAAGAAGAAGAAAAAAAAUAUGAAGAAUUACGAGAAGAAGAAGAACAACAACAACAGGAGGAGGAGCAAGAGGAAGAAGAAGAAGAAGAAGAUGAGGAAGAGGGAGAGGAAGAGGGAGAGGAAGAUGAGGAAGAUGAGGAAGAAGAAGAAGAAGAAGAAGAAGAAACAUUAUUAGGGGAAAUGGAGUUAUAUCAAGCUAUAAGGAAACAUCAGCAAAAGAAGCAACAGCAGCAGCAGCAAAGGAGAAGGAGGAGGAAACAGGCUGCUGCAGCAGCUGCAGCAGCAGCAGCAGCAGCAGCAGCAGCAGGUUUAGGGUUUGCAGGGUUUCAUAUUUUAGAGUGUAAAGCUGAGGUUAUUUGUUUGGGGUUUUAG